AGGAAACUGCGCCUGUGGUGUGACGAGAACCUUCCUUCUUGUGCGACCUGGCCAGAUGGGGACAGGUUGGUAUCUACUUUUGAGGUUCUCCAAGGAACGUGAGCCCCACCUCGAGUUGCCCGAGGUUCUACAUAUUUGCAGGUGUCCUCCACCAGCCCCUCUGCAGCCUGACCUGGAGGACAGGAUAUCGUCUGGCCUGGGCUGCCCACAAUGGCCUUCCUGACACACCUACUGGUCUGUGUCUUUGGCAUGGGCUCCUGGGUGGCCAUCAAUGGGCUCUGGGUGGAGCUGCCCCUGCUGGUGACUGAGUUGCCCGAGGCCUGGUACCUGCCUUCUUACCUCACUGUGGUCAUCCAGCUGGCCAACAUAGGCCCCCUCCUGGUCACCCUGAUGCACCGCUUCCGACCCGGCUGCCUGUCUGAGGUGCCUGUGAUCUUCCUUAUCCUGUGCGUAGGCACGGCUGCCUGCAUCCUCCUAGCCUUCCUGUGGAACGUGACCUCCUGGAUACAGGGUGGACAGCAUAGUGUGGCCUUCAUCGUCCUCACCUUCUUCCUGGCCCUGGUGGACUGCACCUCUUCUGUCACCUUCUUGCCCUUCAUGAGCCAGCUGCCUACGUACUAUCUUACCACCUUCUUCAUAGGCGAGGGGCUCAGUGGCCUCCUGCCUGCCCUGGUGGCCCUUGUCCAAGGCUCAGGUAUCACCACCUGUGUCAAUGUCACGGAGACACCGGGGACCACCUUGAACACUAUGGAGACUCCCAUCACUCAGGGAAACCUUAGCCCGUCCCUGCCGCCACCCAGCUGGCACCAGGAGAGCCGCUACCUGGCCCCUCGCUUCUCGCCACUGCUCUUCUUCCUACUGCUGUCUUUCCUGACAGGCUGUUGCCUGGUGGCCUUCUUCCUCCUGCAGCGGCAGCCCUGGGGACGGCAAGGCUCCAUAGAGGACCUCCUCCACUCCCAGGUCACCCUGCACUCUAUCAGGCCCCGAGACACAGAGGACACCAGCUCCCUGGGCGCCCCUGUGAGCAGCCCAGGCAAGGGAUCAGUGGAAGCCAGUGUGGCUUCGCUCCGCCCAGCCCAGCUGGCCUUCAUCUACUCCGUGGUGGCCUUUGUCAAUGCACUCACCAAUGGCGUUCUGCCCUCCGUGCAGACCUACUCCUGCCUGCCUUAUGGGCCUGUUGCCUACCACCUGUCUGCCACCCUCAGCUCCGUGGCCAGCCCCCUCGCCUGCUUCCUCCCCAUCUUCCUGCCUAACAGGUCGCUGUUAUUCCUGGGGGUGCUCACAGUGUUUGGGACCGGCUUUGGGGCCUACAAUAUGGCCAUGGCUGCUAUGAGCCCCUGCCCUGUCCUGCAGGGUCACUGGGGUGGAGAAGUCCUUAUCGUGCUCUCCUGGGUGCUGUUUGCAGCCUGUCUCAGCUAUGUCAAGGUGAUGCUGGGUGUGAUCUUGCGUGACCGGAGUCGCAGUGCCCUCCUGUGGUGUGGGGCAGCGGUGCAGCUGGGCUCUCUGAUUGGUGCCCUGCUCAUGUUCCCACUGGUUAAUGUACUGAAACUCUUCUCGUCUGCUGACUACUGCAGCCUGGACUGCUCAGUCUAGGCUCACUUGGCCACCUCAGGACACCAGGUACCCCCAUCGAUGAAGGUAAAAGCCAGAAGAGCUCAGAGACACUAAGGAUAACAACCCUUUGCUCCAUUUUCCAUCCCCAUCCUCCACACCCCAGCCCCAACCCCAUACCCCCACUCCAACCUUGCAUGUUCAUAGAUCGGGGUCUGGGGAGCUGUUAGGCCAGGCCUGAGCUUUUUAACACAAAGGCCUCCUUCCAACCUGGAGUUGCACUGCGCAGCCCCUCCUUCAGCACAGUGCCCAGUGCUUAUGAGCCCCAGUUGCAGACUUCAUUCUCUGUCUUUGGAGAGAUCCGUUUGUAGCAUUCAGUUGGAGGCAGCCUAAGGAUGUUAGGGGAAGACUCCUGGGAGGUUUAGCUGCCUCUUGCUUACUGUGAGACCUUGGGGAAUUCUCGUGAUUCUCUAGGCCUCUGUUUGCUCAUUAAAGGAGGGGUGUAGUAAACAGGCUUUCGCUUGUAGGCUUAGGCAGCUAUCAGGUUCUCCUAGACUCUCUCCUGCAUGGACACCCUUCUUAAUACAACCUGGAAGUGAUCGGAGGACUUGGGAGGGAUCCUGCUGCCAUUUCUUUUCUGCAUCCCAAGCCUGUUGUUGGUCCUGGGUCCCAGUACAGCCCUCUGCCUUCCCUGUCUCCCAGGAUGGUGAGACCCUGAGAUGAGUUGAAGGGGGUCCUGCGUGCGUCUGAGUGAACCCCACCAGGAUGUGCAGCGGACAGUGCGGACCUCAAAAGGGGUGGCUCAGUCAGGAUGAGUUUCGUCUGUAAUUAUUAUUUUGUUUUGCAUUUUGUUUCUUUUUAUAAAAAUUAAAGCUGUCUAUGCUUUUACACGAUGGGCUGUGUACACACAAGAAGCCCUGUGAGGGCUACACUGUAUCGGCCUAAUUCUAAUCCAUUUUCAGUCAAGGUCAAGUACCAAGGAAGCAAGAGCAGAGAGAGGCCUGAUGCCCACCCACUUUUUUUAGACUGUUGUCUUACUGGCUUGUACUACCCUGCACUCUUUAUUCUUAAAGUAGGGCUGGAGAGAUUGUCCAGCUGUUUAAGGCUAAGUCCCAUGACCGAAAAUCAAACUACUUAAACGGUGCUUAUCCGGGUA